AAUAGAAUGAUGGAGUCCUCUGCUAAAAGAAUAGAAGAUAUACGGAACCAAAUUAUUCCUGCAUAUAAGAAAAAUGCUUCUGCCUUUGUAUCUUCGCAAUCUAAGAAUAUAAUAAAAGUUAAGCUGAAUGAAGAAGAAGUAAAUAUGUUCAAGCCUCUGCUUAAGGAUAUACCUUAUUUCCAAGACCUUCCGAUCACCUUUAGAGCUGAAAUUCUCAGACUUAUGACUAACUUCAGGGAUGUAUUACAAGGGCAAACCUUGAUAAGCAACACUGAGGAAUAUCCUGAUAUUUUUAUACUCUUUAAAGGCAAGCUCAAGUUCAGCAAAUAUUCCUUAGAAGAAAUAGAGAAGGAACAAGAAGAAAAAUAGCAAAUCUGAUAUGCUUUCUAACAUUGAAAAUUUCAAAGAAGUCCAACCUAUUUCAACAUUUGGCUCUGUUGAUGUCCUAACCAGUAAAGAUAAACACAAAUGGGUUCCCAAACAUGUCUAUGCUCUGGAAGAUAGCUCUGUGAUCACCUUUAGGUACAAAGACCUUAAAGAGAAGAUAGGAGAUGAGUAUUGUAGAAUAAGAAGGGCAGAAGACUCUGAUUUCUUAAGGAAAUAAUGUCCCUGGACUUGACAGUAUGAUUUCAUCCAAAAGAGAAAAGAUUAUUAGACUGUUCAGCAGAAAGGAAUAUCCCCUGCCUAAAAUGUACAUCGCAAGAGAAGGCGACUACAACACUCCUAAAUCUAAAAUAAGUAUAAUCAAAGAAGGGGAAUGUAAAAUAUUUUCCAAUAAAACACCUGCUAUUUUGAAUGAAAAAUCUAAGAAGAGAAAGAGGAGGAAGAAGCUUUAUGUGCCUGUGAACAAUGGUUACUUUUCAAAUACAACCAAUUCAUUGCAGAUAAGCAUUGUGAGUGAAGACUAUAUUAUCGGAGAUGAAGUGCUAGUCCUAGAUCAAGAUUCCACUUAUCCAUUCUCGGUCAUUACGAAUAGCAAAGUCAUUGUUUACGAAAUUACAGUUGAAAAUUUAUUAAAUCAUCUUCCUAAAGAUAUUAUUCAUGAUCUCAAAAAGGGUUGAAAAUAGAAAACUGAAGUUCUUGGAUGCGAGAGUUAAGAAUAUUUGCAAAAGUGUCAGUGAAAUAUCUAAAUGGGACAAUGUAUAUCAAGAAUCUAUUGAUAGAAUAACCGAAGUAUCUAAAAUCUUUAGUGCAAACAAGCCAGCCAUGAUAAAUAUUAAGAAUCUCCCGAUUACCUCAAAUAUAACAACUAGUACGAUUUCAAGAAAAAUGGCAAAGUCUAACUCUCAGCCUUUCCUCUUAUCCAACAAAAUUAUGGAAAUUCCCCCUGAUUUAGAAGAAAAGAAAGUACCUGAUCCCAGUUCCAAGCUAGCCUCUCCCAAGAAAAUAGGUUACACUUUGAGAUCAAGAGCUUCAGAGGCAAUGAUUUCCAAAAAGGAUAGCUCUUAUUCAUCUGAUUUGAAACUCAAGAGUUAUAGUGUAAUAUCCCAAAAGAAUACAUCGCUGCAGAGUAGAGUAAUUUCAUCGAUCCCUGAUACUACAAGAAUUUCUAAUUUGAAUAUGUUAUCAACCCCACACCAGAAAUUGCUUCCUCCAAAAGCAACACGGAUUGGAGUCUCUAGGUUAGGAAUUUACGGAAGAAAUUCCAUUCUCGAGAAUAGCAUGAAAGAAGUCUAUUCAGGAAGUAAGACCCAGAGAAAACUAGGUGAAAUGUAAAAGUAAUAUAC